AUGGGAAAGCCACCAGGAAUGAAUCGCUCCUUUAUUAAGGUUUUGGCAGCUUUAUUUACAUAUUUCAUGGAGACAAACAACUUCAGAGUUGUGGAUGCAAAGGAGCAUGAUUCCAGAUCAUCCUCCAACAUGUCUCCAUCAGACUUUCUGGACUCACUCAUGGGUCGCACGUCUGGGUAUGAUGCACGAAUAAGACCGAAUUUUAAAGGUCCACCAGUUAAUGUUACCUGCAACAUAUUUAUCAACAGCUUUGGUUCUAUAGCAGAAACUACAAUGGACUACAGAGUGAACAUCUUCCUGCGGCAGAAGUGGAAUGACCCUCGGCUGGCGUAUAGUAAAUAUCCAGAUUCCUCCCUCGACCUCGACCCAUCCAUGUUGGACUCCAUAUGGAAGCCUGACCUCUUCUUUGCCAAUGAGAAAGGAGCCAACUUCCAUGAUGUCACCACAGACAACAAGCUUCUGCGGAUCUUCAAGGAUGGGACUGUCCUUUACAGUAUCAGGUUGACUCUCAUUCUGUCCUGCCCGAUGGACCUGAAGAACUUUCCGAUGGAUGUCCAAACUUGUACAAUGCAACUGGAAAGCUUCGGCUACACCAUGAAUGACUUGAUCUUCGAGUGGCUAGAGAACGGUGCAGUGCAGGUGUCAGACGGGCUCACGCUGCCUCAAUUCAUUAUGAGGGAAGAGAAGGAGCUGGGCUACUGCACAAAACACUACAACACCGGUAAAUUCACCUGUAUAGAAGUCAAAUUUCAUCUGGAGCGACAGAUGGGAUACUACCUGAUCCAGAUGUACAUUCCUUCCCUGCUCAUUGUCAUCCUGUCUUGGGUGUCUUUUUGGAUCAAUAUGGAUGCUGCUCCUGCCAGAGUGGCGCUGGGCAUCACCACUGUGCUUACCAUGACUACCCAAAGCUCUGGCUCCAGAGCUUCUCUUCCAAAGGUCUCUUACGUGAAAGCCAUUGAUAUCUGGAUGGCUGUGUGUCUGCUCUUUGUAUUUGCUGCAUUGCUAGAAUAUGCUGGGGUUAAUUUUGUCUCCAGGCAACAGAAAGAGUUCCUUCGCCUUAGGCGAAGACAAAGGAGGAAUCACAAGGAUGAUGAAAUGCGUGAAGGCCGCUUUAAUUUUGCUGGCUACAAUAUGAGUCAGUGUCUGCCAACGAAGGAUGGCUCAGCUGUUAAGAACGCUGUUCCCGCUCCCACCCCUCAACCAUCAGUCCCUAAGGAUAUAGACACCAUGAAGAAGAAGUUUGUGGACAGAGCCAAGAGGAUAGACACUAUUUCCAGGGCUGCCUUUCCUUUGGCGUUCCUUAUCUUCAAUGUCUUCUACUGGGUUACCUACAAGAUCAUCAGGCAUGAGGACAUCCACAAAAAGUAAAGACUUUAUUCAUUGACAAAAAAAACAUUUAUUUUUCAUUUCUCAGAUUGAGAAAUGCUUAGAAAGCACAGUGAGAUGAGAUGGGAGACACCACCAUGGUGAUGUUGGUGGUGUUCUUUCAGGGAUAAUGUAUAAUGUUCAUGCAUCAUACAGUAAUUAUCAUGUUCUGAUAAGAUGAAGAGCUCUUGACACAGAUGCUUUUUUUUGGUGUCGUUGUUGUUGUUGUACUGCUGCAUAAUAUUUCCUGACAAAUCUGGAAACAUGAUUUUAACUCAAGGCUUGACGUCUGCACAACCAAGGAACAAAGAAACAUUCCAUGGAUUUGUAACUGUAAGGUAGCUUAGCCAGACCCUCAAAGACUUUUUGUGAUUGCAAAAAGGGUAUUUCUUAUCAAGGAUGUUUAGGACUGUUUUAUAUAGCACUAUUGUCAGGGCACUUCCUCUGUGUUUAUACAAAAUAAAGCAGCAAACUAUACAUACAGGCAGAAAGCACAUACAGAUGCCUCCUUCAGAUAUUAGGAAGCAGCACACGUUUCAGGCAUGAGUGCGAACAAAGCAGAUGGAAAUCUGGAAUCGGAGACUGCAUUUUUAUGAAAUACCUGAGGCCUUAGAUAUCAAAGAUCUGGUAAGAUGAAGUGCUGUGCUUCUCUAUUUUUUCAAGCAUCUCCUCUUGUUUAGUGGUCUAUCUGAGCCGAAUGCACCGUUUGAGCUUCACUACCUGUGGCCAGAUAUCCUUCUUGUUGUUUCCUUUUUCUCUUAAGUGUAUUAUAAAUCAUAUUCACAGACAACUGGUGUCACUUAAUAUUCCCAUGUUAUGAGUCACAA